AUGUCCGAAUACUGGAAAUCAACACCAAAAUACUGGUGCAAGCACUGCGCCUGCUACGUUCGCGACACGAAACUCGAGCGCCAGAACCAUGAGUCGACCGCGAAACAUCAGGGCAAUCUCAAGCGCUUCCUGCGCGACCUGCACCGCGGCCACGAACGAGAGGAGCGCGAGAAGGAACGCGCCCGGCAGGAGGUUGCGCGACUGAACGGCGUCGUCGCGGGAUCUUCUUCUUCUUCAUCGGUUGCAAGUUCGUCGAGACCUGCGCCACGCGCGCCCCCGAGCGCACCGUCUGAGGCGUCGUUGAAGAAGCAGAGGGAGCAACUCGCUGAGCUGGGCGUGGAGGUACCGAGCGACUUUCGACCGGAGAUGGCGAUGCCUGGACAAUGGACGGUUACGAAUACACGAGUUAUCAAGACGAAAAGUGAAGAAGAAGAAGAGGCCAAGGUGGAAUCGAUCGCGAUCGGCGUGAGGAAGCGAGAAGCAACAGAAGACGAAAAGGAGGAAGAGGAAGCUGUGCGUGGCCUUUUCAAGAAACCUCGACGAUGGGGACGAGACUCGAAAGCGAUGCCACAAGAAGAGGAUAAGGAACUGGAUGCGCUGCUGAGCGGAUCGACAUUCACACCUAGGACGACCGAGGAUGAGGUCAAGAAGGAAGAGGAGGAUAACAAGGACGUCAAGACUGAGGACGAUACGAAUGGGGAUACGGCGCCAGACACGACGGCCGUCAAGGCAGAAGCGCCAGAUAUUGCACCCCCAGUCAAGCCCGAGCCAGAAGAAGCGGCAUCGGGGGUUCAGACGGUGGUGUUCAAGAAGCGGAAACCCAAGGGCAUUCGACAAAAGUAG